UCUUUCUGCUUUUACUCCAAGGUAUAUAAUAUAUUUUGGUGUCAAUGGUUCUACUGUGAUAAUAAAUAAAUAGGUGGUAAUGGUACAAUUCAAAUCAAAGAUAUUGUUUCUGUGAGAGGCCUGUUCACUGUAAAGACUUAUCUGGUUUUGUGGUACAUUCAAGCUAUCCAAGUGGCAUAUAUUUCCAUUGGUUUUGUAUGACUUCUACAUAGCCAACAUGCUUCGGCAAGUUUUGCGGUACAUAAGGAAUGCCAUGUUCAUUCAGAAGCACAUUUUCCUACUAAUGGUUGCUGUUUUUUCAAUUCUUGGCUAUAUUCUCUAUCAAAGCAACAAUCCACAAUGUGAAAGCUGGCCAGUUGGUAUGAGUGUCAAAAGUAUUGAAGAAAGCCUUUCUAAAGACAAAUUAAAUGAGUUGAAGCAACAGUGGUUAAAUGAAUUGAAAACAUCACAAAUAUUGUCUGUCCCAGACGAACCCCCCCAAACUGACUCACAAGUUCCCGUUUCUGCUAUACAAUGUUUAAUCAAUGAUGAGAAAAUGGUUCAGUGCUUAAAAAGUUCAAAAAGUGAAAUCUACAUGCCAUUUGAUUUUAUUCAAAACUAUUUUGAUGUUUAUGGGAAAAUGAAACACUAUGAUGGUUAUGAUAGAUUUGAAUUUCAACAAAGUAAUGCCAAGGAUGUAUACAAUCCAAAGACCCCUUACACUUAUUCGGGUGUUUUUAUGACUUUUGAAACAUCUAAUGUUGAAGCAAGGGAUCGUGUAAAGUGUAUUUCAGGAAUUACAGGGGUACCAUUAUCAACGCAGUGGCACAUUGAAGGUUACUAUUAUGGAAUCCAGAUUGCUCAGUUUGGCAUGAGUCACUACAGCAAACACAUGACACAAAAGCCACCGACCAAACAAGUUUAUGAAAAUGCAGAGGAAUCUGUCCAGCCCCGGUGGACCUUCAGUAACAAAAAUUGUUUGGUGGAAAAGAAAAAGGAUUUUGAAAGGAAUUCUCAAGUUAUUAAAUUCACCACACCAGAUUCUAUUCCAUUGGGAAGUGGGGCCUCCCUUGUUCUUGGUAACACUAUGGAGUUUAUAUUGUCAUUUGAUUUAAAAAUGGUUGCAAAUGGUUCCUUAUCUGUUGUCUUGGAGACCAAUGACAAAAUGAAACAAUAUACAAUUCAUUACAUCACAAACAGUUUGGUCAUUGAUUAUGAUUUGAAAUCAAAUAUAUAUUACGGAAUCGGUCCAAGUAGUACUUGGAGACAUAUGGCAAGGGAUUUGUUGACAGAUUUAAAGAAAGGUAUUGGUAUUUCAACAACAAGGCAUGCUAAAAAAGUGAAAGUUGUAAUUCAAAAGGUUUCACGACUUAUUGUAAGGGGUCGUGGUUAUAUUGAUAACGUGACACUCUCCUCGUCUGAACACUUGACCCAAUUUUUUGAUGCAAGCCAAUGGAUGUAUUUAAACCAAGACAAGGAAACUGGAGGGUGGAAAAAUUAUGUUGAGCGGAAGCUUGAAGGCUUUGAAGCAAUUCCUUCUGGUUGGAUAUCAGCCAUGGGUCAGGGGCAAGGGAUGUCUGUAUUAUCAAGAGCCUACCAUGUCUUCCAUGACCCUAAAUAUAUAGUCGCUCUCAGUCGUGCUUUACAGCCGUUUACCAAAUCUUCUGAGCAAGGGGGUGUGCGUGCUACCUUUUUAAAAACGUACACCUGGUAUGAGGAAUAUCCAACCAAACCAAGUUCAUUUGUACUUAAUGGUUUUAUGUAUUCCCUUAUUGGUCUGUAUGACUUUAAAUCGCUUCUAGAACAUGAAUUUGGUUUUGGUUCAAAUGGGGAACCUCCUAAAGUAAGUCUGCAAAUUAGUUCUGUUGAUCUUUCAGCCACUUAUAAACUUGUGAACCAGUUGUACCACGAUGGCAUGACAUCUUUAACAGCAAUGCUUCCUUUAUAUGAUGGUGGGUCACAUACAUUUUAUGAUUUACGGCACUUUAUGUUACACACUUCACCUAAUGUGGCAAGGUGGGGUUAUCAUGUUACUCAUUUAAGUCAGCUUGUUCUGCUUUACUCUGUUUCAAGAGAGCCGGUACUCAAAAAGUUUAUUAAUAACUGGUCAGGGUACUUGAAAGGUAAAGUUGCAAAACACAACUAAUCUGUUUGUUUUUUUUGCUGUUCAGUAUUAUUACAGCCUUUACAAAAGCCUCAUUUUUUACAUAUUUUACUAGUUUUUGUACAAUAUUUCUGUAAACCUUUGUUAUACUAAUUAAAGUGAAAUUCAGGGUACAUUAUGAUUGAUUCAUGAUUUCCCAACUGCGGUUACAAGGAAAUAUGUACUAGUUUUAAUACAGAUUGUGGGUUAAAGUAA